AUGUCCGCGCACCUCCGCCUACUCUCGGCCGCCCACUGCCCGCCCUCCCCCGUCUCCGCGCCCGCGCUCACCUCCCUCCACCGCCUCCGCCUCCCUGGCCCUCCUCCUCCUCGUCCUCCCCCCGCGGCCCGCCUCCGGCUGCUGCUGCUGCGGCCGCCGCGGCUCGGGGGCAGCCAGGCGCGCUUCGCCCGCGCCGUCCGCUGCACCGGCGAGGCCUCGGCGGUCGCGCGAGCCGGCGAGGACGGCGACGGCGGCGGCGACGACGCGGCGGCGGGGGCGGGGAUAUGGGAGCAGGUGCGGGACAUCGUCGUGUUCGCCGGCCCCGCGCUGGGGCUCUGGAUCUGCGGCCCGCUCAUGAGCCUCAUCGACACCAUGGUCAUCGGCCAGACCUCCGCGCUCCAGCUCGCCGCGCUAGGGCCCGGGACAGUGUUCUGCGACUACCUAAGCUAUAUAUUCAUGUUCCUUUCUGUCGCAACAUCGAACAUGGUGGCCACCUCCUUAGCCAAAAAGGAUGAAGAACUUGCACAGCAUCAAGUGUCUAUGUUACUGUUUCUUGCUCUUGCUUGUGGCAUAGGAAUGUUUUUGUUCACCAAGGUGUUUGGUACUCAAGUAUUGACUGCUUUUACUGGAUCUGGGAAUUAUGAACUUAUUUCUUCGGCCAAUACAUAUGCACAGAUAAGAGGCUUUGCAUGGCCUGCAGUUCUUGUUGGCUUAGUUGCUCAAAGUGCUAGUCUGGGCAUGAAGGAUUCUUGGGGUCCUUUGAAGGCGUUGGCAGCUGCUAGUGUUAUAAAUGGUGUUGGAGAUAUAUUUCUUUGCUCUGUUUGUGGCUAUGGAAUUGCUGGUGCUGCCUGGGCAACUAUGGUUUCACAGGUUGUUGCAGCUUUCAUGAUGAUGCAAAAUCUAAGCAAUAAGGGUUUUCGAGCUUUCUCAUUUACGAUUCCAUCAGUAAGAGAGCUAUUACAGAUAUUUGAAAUUGCAGCUCCUGUUUUUGUGACAAUGACGUCCAAGGUGGCGUUUUAUGCAUUGCUAACAUAUUCUGCGACUUCUAUGGGAGCAAUAACUCUUGCAGCCCAUCAGGUUAUGAUCAAUGUCUUGUGCAUGUGUACUGUUUGGGGCGAGCCUCUGUCUCAAACUGCACAGUCAUUCAUGCCUGAGCUGAUAUAUGGUGCUAAUCAGAAUUUGACCAAGGCAAGGAUGCUAUUGAAGUCACUUGUGAUCAUUGGAGCGAUAACUGGGUUGACUUUGGGGGCAGUAGGGACACUUGUUCCGUGGCUUUUCCCCAGUGUCUUUACCAAUGACCAAAUGGUCGUCCAGCAGAUGCACCGAGUACUGGCUCCGUAUUUCAGUGUAUUGCUAGUGACUCCUUCAAUACACUGCCUCGAGGGAACGCUAUUGGCUGGAAGGGAUUUGAGAUAUUUGAGUCAAUCGAUGGGUGUCUGCUUUUCCAUUGGAACCCUUCUCUUGAUGCUUCUCCGCAAUAAAGGUAGCUUGCCAGGAUGCUGGUGGAUUCUUGUCUUGUUUCAGUGGAGUCGGUUCGGAAGUGCUUCGCUACGACUUAUUUCUCCAACGGGCAUGCUGUUCAACAAAACUUUAACCAGGCUGAGUACAUCGAGGCAAAAGCGACGUGAAGAUGUACCAUCAGAAGAGGUGGGAUGA